CCCUCAACCAUUUCCACAUAAAGAUUAUAGAGAGAGAAAUGAAGAUUCCGCCAUUGUUAACAUCAUCAUCAUCUUCGUCUCCCCUUCUGAGAAAAACCCGUCUCUCACCUUACCUAUUCACUCUAUUAGCAUUCAUCCUCUUUGUAACCCUUCUCUACAGCGAAGAUUUCACUUGCAUCUUUGAAGGCCAAUUCACUACUCAUACCCCUCCAAUUCACACAAUCAAGAUGAGGAGAGAGAAACCGCCGUUUGCAGUGGUGGUAGAUGAUGAUCGGAAAUGUGACGUGUUCAGUGGGAGAUGGGUAUGGGAUGAAGAGACGACGCCGAUGUACGAGGAAUCCGAUUGUCCGUACAUACAGCCGCAGCUGACGUGUCAGAAACGUGGUCGGCCGGAGAAGGAUUAUCAACAUUGGCGAUGGCAACCAUGGGAUUGUUCUCUACCAAGGUUUAAUGCAUCAUUGAUGUUGGAAAGCCUUAGAAAUAAGAGGAUGAUGUAUGUGGGAGACUCAUUGAACAGAGGACAAUAUGUCUCUAUGGUUUGCCUUCUUCACACUGUCAUUCCACAUGAAGCCUCCAAGUCCAUGCACACCAAUGGCUCACUCACUAUCUUCACUGCAAAGGAUUACAACGCGACAGUUGAAUUCUAUUGGGCACCCUUUCUCUUGGAGUCAAACUCGGACGAUGCAGUCAUACAUCGCAUCUCAGAUAGAAUCGUUCGCAAGGGUUCCAUCAACAAGCACGGAAAGCAUUGGAAAGGCGUCGAUAUUAUGGUCUUCAACACCUAUCUUUGGUGGAUGACGGGACUUAAUUUCAAUAUCUUGCAGGGAUCUUUUGACGAUGAAGUGAAAGAUAUCAUUCAUGUUUCGACGGAAGAUGCUUAUAGAAUGGCGAUGAAGAGUAUGUUGAGAUGGGUUAAGAAGAACAUGGACCCUAAAAAGACAAGGGUCUUCUUCACUAGCAUGUCACCAUCUCAUUCUAAGAGCAUAGAUUGGGGUGGAGAACAGGGAGGUAAUUGCUACAAUGAAACAACACUAAUAGAAGACGUAAACUAUUGGGGAUCAGACACUCGAAAAAGCAUAAUGCAAGUGAUCGGUGAAGUUUUCGAGACAUCAAAAGUUCCUAUCACUUUUCUUAACAUAACUCAAUUGUCGAGCUAUCGAAAAGAUGCACACACAUCAAUAUACAAACAGCAAUGGAGUCGAUUGACACCAGAGCAGUUAGCGAAUCCGGUAAGCUAUGCAGAUUGUGUUCAUUGGUGCUUGCCGGGACUUCAAGAUACAUGGAAUGAACUACUUUUUGCAAAACUCUUUUAUCCAUGAAAAUAAUAAUUCAUUAUGUUUUGGAACACAUCUCUUUAUAAGAUGUAAAUAAUUCAUUCAGACAAGUAUUGAAAGAAAGAAAUAUGAUUUUGAUUCUUUA